CAAGAAUCUUCGAAGACUGCACAAGUCACAACACAAGGUUGAAGAACUAGAAGUAGCCAGUCAGUCAGCCAGCCAGACAGUCAGUCCAGUCUUAUGUCCGGUUUUCUUGCUUUACUCAAACCCCGCGAAAAUCUCCUCCACUGCUAAAAAUAUCUCGUCUCCUUGACGAACUGAAUUCGACGGCUCCGAUAUUUUCUUCAGAAAUGAAGCAAAAAAACGAAAAGCUUUACACUGCCAAGCAAAUAACCUCUGCUCUGAUCGCCUUCAUUUUUCUUCUGGGCUUGCUCUGUUUGUACUAUGGAUCUUCUUUUGUUCCUGCUCUCUCCAGAUCUGACGGCGAACAUGACGGAACGGAUCCUGUUCUCGGCGGGAAUACCCGGGAUUUGGAUGAUUUGUUCGAGGACCAAGAACAUAACCCAGAAGUCCCCAAAAGCAUUCCUAUCUGUGAUAUAAAGCACUCAGAGUUGAUACCAUGUUUGGAUAGAAACCUUAUCUACCAAUUGAAAUUGAAGCCAAAUUUGACUUUAAUGGAGCAUUAUGAAAGGCAUUGCCCCCCUCCGGAGCGGCGUUUUAAUUGUCUAAUACCACCUCCUAUUGGUUACAAGAUCCCUAUAAGGUGGCCGGAGAGUAGAGAUGAGGUUUGGAAAGCAAAUAUACCUCAUACACAUCUCGCGCAAGAGAAGUCGGAUCAGAAUUGGAUGGUAGUGAAUGGGGAGAAGAUAAAUUUUCCUGGUGGAGGAACCCAUUUUCAUGAUGGAGCAAAUAAGUACAUUGUUUCUCUUGCUAGGAUGCUUAAAUUUCCCAACGAUAAACUUCACAAUGGUGGGAAUAUCCGAAAUGUUCUUGACGUUGGUUGUGGAGUUGCAAGUUUUGGAGCUUAUCUUCUUUCCCAUAGCAUAAUAGCUAUGUCCAUUGCACCUAAUGAUGUACAUGAGAAUCAAAUACAGUUUGCGCUGGAGAGAGGAAUUCCUUCAACUCUUGGUGUCUUAGGCACUAAAAGACUUCCUUAUCCAAGCAGAUCAUUCGAACUGGCUCAUUGUUCUCGAUGCCGUAUUGAUUGGCUCCAGAGAGAUGGAAUCCUCUUGUUAGAACUUGAUAGAUUACUAAGACCUGGAGGGUACUUUGCCUACUCCUCUCCUGAAGCCUAUGCACUUGAUCCAGAAAAUCGAAGGAUCUGGAAUGCAAUGCAUGACCUUUUAAGAAGAAUGUGUUGGAGGGUUGCUGUGAAGAAAGAUCAGACUGUUAUUUGGCAAAAACCAUUGGGUAAUGGCUGUUACUUGAAGAGGGAUCCUGGGACACAGCCCCCACUAUGCAGCACUGGUGAUGACCCAGAUGCAACUUGGAAUGUACACAUGAAGGCCUGCAUAGCCCCCUACCCAGGAAGGAUGCACAAGGAAAGAGGAAGCGGGCUAGUUCCUUGGCCAAAGAGGCUUACUGCAGCACCCCCUCGGUUGGAAGACAUUGGCGUCAGUCCUGAACAAUUCCAUGAAGACACUAACAUUUGGCAAUUUAGAGUGAAUGAGUACUGGAAGCAGAUGAAAUCUGUUGUACGGAAGAGUUACUUCAGAAAUGUCAUGGAUAUGAACUCAAACCUUGGGGGUUUUGGUGCUGCUCUCAAAGAUACAGAUGUCUGGGUGAUGAACGUUGCUCCAGUCAACAUGUCUGCUAGAUUAAAGAUCAUUUACGAUCGUGGCUUAAUUGGAACAGUUCAUGAUUGGUGUGAAGCAUUUUCUACAUACCCACGUACAUACGAUCUUCUUCAUGCCUGGGGGGUAUUUUCUGAGAUUCAGGAGCAUGGGUGCAGUGUGGAGGAUCUAUUAAUUGAAAUGGAUCGGAUUCUAAGGCCUGAUGGGUUUGUCAUAAUAAGAGACAAGCCCUUAAUUAUAAAUUAUAUCCGAAAAUUUGUGAUUGCCUUAAGGUGGGAUCGUUGGUUAUCAGAGGUUGAACCAAGGAGUGAUGCUCUCUCCUUGAGUGAAGAACGAGUUUUGAUUGCAAGAAAAAAGUUAUGGAGUGAAGGCGUUUCAGCAAUGUGAACAUGAUGACAAAGGUGUUCAGCUGCAUGUUUGGAAGUUUUUAACCAACCAAGAACGUAUGGGAAGCCAGGCCCUGUCUUCUGUCAUCAUUUUUAGAGUAAGAUUCUCUAUCGGCUGCAAAGGAGACGAAACCACGAGACAGAU